GGCACUUUCGCGUCGCGACUUGCUGCGAGCAAGACCUUUCGUUCAAAAGUAUCUCUGUCAGAUUCGUGGAUGUUUAGGACGUGUGUUAGCCGCUUCACAGGAAUCCGACGUCCUCAAAAAGUUGUUCAGAAUAUCUUCUCGAGAAAUACCUCUAGAACAAUUGAAGCUUACCUUCGUGCCAUGAGACCUUUGGACUUUGAAGCCGGUCCAAUGGUUUGGAUUGACUGCGAAAUGACCGGAUUGGAUCCCAAGCAAAACCAAAUAAUUGAGAUCGCAGUCCUUAUCACAAACGGCAAUUUGGAGUUAGUCGAUGAGGGUAUUCAAUAUGUGAUCAAGACUGAUAAAGCUGUCUUGGACAAGAUGGACGAGUGGUGUACUAAGCAACAUGAAUCAUCUGGAUUGACUCAAGCAUGCAUAGUUUCUCCGCACACCAAGGAAUUUGUAGCCCAAGAAGUCCUUAAUUAUAUCAGGAAGUGGAUACCUAAACAACGUACAGGCGUUCUCGCCGGGAACUCAGUUCAUGCGGAUCGAGCAUUCCUUGUCGAAGAGAUGCCGGAAGUUGUUGAUUGGCUUCACUACCGCAUCGUUGAUGUCUCGUCCAUCAAGGAGCUUGCACGCAGAUGGUACCCAACAAUUAGAAGAGAGAAGCUUGAGGCUGGUGAGAUCAGUCAUCGAGCAUUGGACGACAUUCGAGCCUCAAUACGAGAACUUGAAUGGUACCGUAGCAAUAUCUUUAUUCCUCCACCCAAAUCGUAGAAGCUCCAGACCGCCGCUCUGUGGCCGACGUGCCCGACUCCGAAUCGGUAGCACAUGGGGUUCUGCAUCUGUCAAAGCACAUUUUAUGACAGCAUUACUGCUAUUCGCUGAUCUGCAGGACAUACAUUGUACCAAGUUCGACUUUACAAUCGGAGGACGGUGUCAAGAGUUACAGCUAGUGCCUUGUGGAAAUGGACGCGUGGCAAUGCCUGCACCUUCUACUU